AAACUUCGAGGUAGUGAUUUCGUCACAUUCCAAUGAUUGUCAAGAAGGUAAAAGGUAGCAACUACCGCUGACACGGCCAAUAACUUAAUUCACAUGACCGUACUUGCCGAAUUCCUUACCAGUAAAUCCCAGAAGAAUCUACUAGUAAGCCAAGCCAAAAGCCAGGGACAAUUAAAUAAGCUUUCUACUAUCAACCAGGUUCCUGCCAAGGUUUCUUUUAUACCUAAUACCUAUUAUACCAGGCCCAGUAUACCUACCUCCUACCUACCUCCUACCUACCUCCUGCCUCUUACCUCCUACCUCCUGCCUAAUACAUUGCAUACUUUUGACUUUUGCCAACCAAAGUCCACCGGCAUUCAUUAGUGCCAUCAACUUCGUCGUUAUCUUUACUCUCUCCUUCGAGCGUCUUCUUACGUUCAUAGACAGCUCCUACCUACAUACAGGUAUAUCUCCACAAUACCCUUGUAAUUCCCUCUAUUCCUUAUAUCUUGAUACCCGCAGUAAUAGAAGCUUCGUCGCCGAGAUACCCAUUCCAUCAUCACUAUCACCAAUCAAUAUGCCUUCAAUUAGGCUGAAGAAGCCUCUCCUCUUACUAAAUCGAGUGGUUGGACAUUCGUCGGCCAAAAAUCACAUCACCAAAAUCCACCUCGGCGACACGGAUGCGUUAGACGAAGAAGCAGAUAAGAAGCAUCUAAAAGCAUUAUACGAGAAGCGAGCCAAGAAAGAAUUACAAGAAGAGAACCGGCGAUCGUUACAGGCAAAGCGUAAGGAGAAAGAACAGGCAGCCUUAUCCAGCGAACCACCAGAAUUACGAUCAAGCUAUGGUACGCUUACCGAAGAAGCCAUACCGCCUUCCUUCCUCCUUGAACAUUUGUCGCCCGAUCAUGUUGGGCAGACUAUCAGCUUCAAUGCUCGACUUCACCACGUGCGAUCCGUAAGUGCGAAGUUGGCUUUCAUAUUGUUACGCCAACAGGUCGAUACCGUACAAGGUGUUUUACAAGUUCGAGAGGGGGUUGUCUCCGAGCAGUUCGUACGAUGGGCCGAGCAUCUUAAUACCGAGUCCCUAGUACACAUUCGGGGUACUGUGCGCGAACCGCCAGAACAGAUAAAAACCUGCAGUAUACAUAGUCUCGAGAUUCUGAUCGAUAGCAUGCACGUCCUUGUUCCAGUAGAGAGUCCUAUACCCAUUGAUGUAUACAACAUGGAGCAGGUGGAAGAAGACGAAAACACUCACGAGAAGCAACUGGCCGCCUCAAACCGCGUCCGUGUUGCGAACAGGCUAGUCUUCCUCCGAACCCCAGUCAUGCAGAGCAUCUUCCGUAUUCGCUCAGGAAUAUGCAACCUAUUCCGGUCUUCGCUAGAAGAGCAGGGGUUCAUUGAGAUCCAAACGCCCAAGCUCCAGCCUGCGGCAACCGAGUCAGGUGCGGAGGUCUUCAGAGUUAACUACUUUGGAAGAACCGCAUUCUUGGCGCAAAGUCCGCAAUUGGCGAAGCAGGCUGCGAUUUCUGCCGACUUUGGUCGCGUUUUCGAAAUUGGGCCCGUUUUCAGAGCUGAAGACAGCAAUACCCAUCGACACCUAACGGAGUAUACCGGUCUAGAUCUAGAAAUGACGAUUCAAAAAGACUACCACGAGGCGAUGGACGUGAUUGACGAAAUGCUGAAGACCAUCUUCAAGGGCGUCUACGCGCGGUACCGCAAAGAGCUUGAUAACAUCAAGACGAGAUUUCCCCACGAGGAUUUAGUCUGGCUGGACCAGACACCUCGUCUUACCUUUAAGGAGGGAAUUCAAUUGUUAAACUCGUCCGGGUGGACGGAUGAUGAUGGGAAACCAGCUUCUGAGAACGAGGACCUCGGAACUCGUGCAGAGAUCCGGCUCGGACAGCUGGUCAAAGAGAAAUAUGGGGCUGACUACUUCAUCCUCGACAAAUUCCCAGCAUCAGCACGACCAUUUUAUACACACUUGGACCCGAAUGACGAGACGAUUACCAACUCCUUCGACAUCUUCCUUCGCGGCCAAGAAAUCACAACAGGAGGCCAGAGAAUCAAUAAUCCAAGAAUCCUAGCUGAGAGGAUGAGGAAAGCUGGACUCAAUCCAGAAGGGAUGGAAGAGUAUAUGCAGGCCUUCGAAUGGGGCGCGCCGCCUCACGCAGGAUGCGGUAUUGGUCUUGAACGCGUGCUAUUCUUGCUAUUGAACCUGGGAGACGUACGAAACGCCACCUUAUUCCCAAGAGAUCCGAAAUCUCUCCCCGCGAAGAAGCCAGAUCAUAACGGCAAGGUUCCGUUCCCCGAAGCUGACACUAUUCGAUACGCGUUCGAAGGGGAGCACGAUCACGUCCACUUGCCUGACUUAGACAAGCUAAUCGUAAACUACGGUGAUGCAACGAACACGUCUUGGCUCGACGAAAGGUACAAGGUCUGGCGGGAUGUUGAGACCGGAGCAGCUGUUGGAUACGCCGAGGAGAACGGGUACGCGAUGAUCAUGGGUAACCCUCUUUGCGACCCACGUCAGUAUCCUAUUGUCAUCAGCUCUUUUCUCAAAUACUUGAAAAAGAGCGAGGACCUACGGCCUAUCUGGAUUCUGGUCUCCGCCCAAGUAGAAGAGAUUCUCGGCGAGAAGCUUGGGUGGAGAACACUGACGUGUGUAGCUGAAGAGCGCGUGGACAUAGAAAAUGCCGGCAGGGUCGCCAAGAAGGAGCGCCAGGCCCAGAAGGCCGAGAUCAAGAUACACGAGACGACGCUUGGUCAGUCGGUUCCCGACGACGUGCGCGAAAAGUGCGACAAGCGCAUCGUCGACUGGAAAGAGAGCCGCAAGGGACGUAAGCAAGUCCACAUCACCGAAGUGCAGCCUUGGAUAUCCAUGGCGCAUCGGCGCUACGUGUGGGCCGAAGACAAAACGGGCGAAAUCGUCGGUCUUGUCAUUUUGCAUCGCCUCUCCCCCGAGCACGGAUACCAAAUCAAGUUUGCGCUCGACUUCCCCGGCUCGCCAUCUGGCAGUAUCGAAGCUCUCAUCUCCCACGCUAUCCAAAGUUUAGUAGCUACAGGUGUUAGCAGCGUGACUUUCGGUGCCGGUGCCAUGGACGAGCUUCUUAUCGGAAGUAAUCUCAACGGCAUCAAGGCUAAGCUCCUAAGUCGGACGUAUAAGACAGUUGCUCAGCAGCUUAAACUAGUGGCGAAGAGCGAAUUCAGAGAAAAGUUCGGCGUGAAGCAUGAUCCGGUUUACAUCUGUUACCCGUUCAUGGGUCUGGGAGUCUCCGGCGCCAGGACGCUGAUUAAAUUCUUCGAAGACGAGAUGUAAAGGCGAUAUCAAUGUGCGAUUGCGUAUAAUUACCUGUUUUUUGUCGUUUUUCCUUUGGCUGUAGCAGAGCACGGCUGGGUGGAAACGUUCUUGAUUCGAUACCAGGGUAGAUGAUCUGGAUGCAUUUGAUGACCCCUCCCCCCCCCCCUUUUUUUUUUCUUAAUGAUGGUAGAUACCCAUUGCGGAUAAUAAUAUUGGGCGAUGUAUGAAAGAUAGAAGAGACAUGUAAUAAUGAAGACUCAAUAAUGACUUCAGAAGUUUAUUCGUUAUCAUGGUGUUUGUUUUAACGGGAGCUCAACUAAGCUCAUUAUCCUUUGGUCGCGGUUCUGGUUUAGCGAAUGUUGGUAUACAAAACGAUCAUGACUUUGAACUUAAUAGAUUAGGUAGUAUUCAUACAAAGUCGAUAAAAGUUAUUCACAUAAU